CGAUGAACAUAAAGCCCAAGAUCUAGAGACGAGAAGCAGAAAAAGCAAAAGAGUGGAAGCGGAGACAGCGAGGCAAGAAAGAGAGCAGAAAAAUGGGAGGAGGAAUGGAGGCAAACAAAAACAGGUUCAUUGAAGAUUGGAGCUCUGCAAGAGAGAAUCUCGAGCACAACUUCCGCUGGACUCGCCGCAACUUUGCUCUCGUUGGCUUAUUCGGCAUCGCCAUCCCCGUCCUGGUCUAUAAGGGCAUUGUUCGAGAAUUUCAUAUGCAGGAUGAAGAUGCAGGUAGGCCAUACAGGAAGUUCUUGUGAGUGUCUCACUGCGAUGCUUGAUAAUAAAUGUCGACGAGUAAAAACUGGGUGUUCUCUUGGACAACAAACUGUGAUAUUUCCCCAGUUUUGGAACUUGUCAUUUUGUUCAUCUUGAUCAUAUGUUAUGUUGUUUCUUGUAACUUUCUGGUUUUACUUUGAAUAAUUCGUGCAUAUUACUAGUUUGGGUUUUUUGAUACACUUUUCAAUCUUGCUAUUUUUACAAAUUUAA